AUUUUCGAUUAAACGAAACUGAAACUAGGAGUUUCAUUCAAUUGAACUAUAUAGUUGCAACUUACUGUAUAGAGAUGUCAACAAGGGAAGAAAUGAAUUUAGAUAUGAAAGAUUAUGUAAGAAAUUGUCUUCAAAGUGAAUUCCUAUUUCUGAGACCUAUCGAUAUACUACUAUAUUUGCAACCGCAUUUAGACUUUUCAGAUUGCGAGAGUCAUGAAAUUCUAUCCUCGUUGAUGUACGGAGGACCAACAAUAGCUUCGAAAAAUUUAAUGGACUUGAUACUUUCUAAGGAAUUGAAAGAUGAUCAUUUAAAUAAACGUUGGUUCUAUACACUAGAAGAUGCUCUUUCCAUACACGGAGAGAGAUAUACCCUUACAUUGCUGAAUAAUGAUAAAACGUCGAAAUCUUAUAAAGACUCGAUCAAAUUUUUUAACUUGUUUAGAGGAAUGAUCGUUAUUGAUACUGUUAUAGAUAUUCAUCAAUUAGUGCUUAAGAUGAAAGUACUUGAAAAGCCACCAGAAAUAAGAUUUUUAGAUGAUGAAAUUUUUUCAAAUAUAAGUCCAAAUCGUCCUGGCAGUAGAGGUGUAAAACUUGCUUUUUUCCUACAACAAAUCCAAAUGAAAUGUAAUUUUAAUUGGAUACCAUAUUUUUGUUAUGCUUUGAAAGAGUUAAAACAUUUGGACAUAUUAAGACAAAUAGAUCCCGCCCUUAUUCACCCAAAAACCUUAGAAGAAAUGAAGGAUACAUAUAAUGUUGUUGUUGAUACGCAGUUUGGACAAUCCUCUCCCGAGGAUGAACAGAGAGUGGGAAGUUACAAAACUAUUGAUGACGAUGAACCUAUUGCUAUACUUGGGGAAUAUGAAGAACAGUCUGAUGAGCCUAUGCUAGAGGGUGCGUCACCUACAAAAAGACAUUGCAAAACACAAGCAGAAGAGGCAGAGACGAUGGAUUUGAAUAUUCCUCAGUCAGCUGAAACAGACGGAGAAAGCAGAGUACCUAUUGAAAAAAUUGAAGAUGUCAUUGAAGAAAAAAAAGAUAUUAACAUUUCGAGUGAUUGUCAAACCGUCAUCACUGAAACGACUGAUUCUAACAUACCUAUUACACGAAAAUCUGAGGAGAUUAUUGUGGAAAGAGAGAGCUUAGUUCUUCGAAAUUAUCAAAAGGAAUACGCUGAAACUGCCUUACAAGGUUUCAAUACCCUAAUAGUUGCUCCAACUGGAACCGGAAAAACUCACAUAGCAAUGUAUAUUGUAAAAGAACAUUUGGAUCAGGAUCCAAUAGAGAAUACUGUUGUAGUUGUUGCUUCAACAGUAGCCCUAGUUGAUCAACAUGAGAGGGAAUUUAAAAAGUUUCUUCAUGAAUAUUCAACCUCUAUUGCAGCUUUUCAUGGAUCAAAGGCUGAUAGCCUAACAGUUACAAAUUCUCUUGAAAAUAAAAUUCUUAUUACUACUCCUCAAAUGUUACUUAACGAUUUAACAAAUCGAGAAAACAAAAUAAGUUUGAGUGAUCAUUUCUCUAUGAUUAUUUUCGAUGAAUGUCACCACUGCCUAAAAGGUCAUCCCUAUGCAAAGAUUAUGGACAUAUAUCAUGAAGAAAAAGAAAGGAACGACAAUGAACAUUCAACUCAAAUCGUCGGUUUAACCGCCUCGCCUCCGUUACAAAAGGCUAAAAAUAUGACAGAUGCCAAAGAUGCCAUAUUUGAAUUGUGCGCUUACCUAGAUAUUAAAAAAGUCCCUGUAAUUAGAGAGAACGUAGACGAAUUUAAACAGUUUAUCAACAAUGUUACUGAAGAUAUUUUAGAUGUACCACCGAGAGAGAUAGAUUCUUUUGGUGAUAUAAUUAAAGAGUUGAUGACAGGCAUUGAAAAUCUUUGGAAUGAGAAGAGAAAUUCAAGUAGGAAUAGUCAGUUUCAGCACGAUCUCUCUAGCCUAGCUAAUUUUCCAUCAGAAAAAGGAUCCGAUAUUUAUACGAGUUGGAUAGGCACUUCAAUGUCUACAAUUAGUCGUAUAAGAGAUGUGGAAAUAAGGGAAUUUUAUUAUACAGCAAAGAUAUUCCUUUCUCAUUAUAAUACAGCACUGCUGAUGCAUCGUGACCUCAAUCCAAAAGAUUGUCUUGCAUAUCUGAAAAAAGAACUUUUAUCGCAGGACUUAAAGAAAUCUGAAAGUGAAAAGCAGUGGAUAGCAGAUUUUCAAAACUCUCUUCUAGAGUUAGAAACUAUUGCAGAAGAUCCCAAAAACUUAAAUCCAAAACUGCUAAAACUGAAGGAAGUUCUUAGAACUAACCGUUGUGAAAGAAGUAUAAUCUUUGCAAAAACUCGAAUUGUAAUUGAUUUUUUGGUAACAUGGAUAAAUGAAGAUCAACAAUUAUCCCACUUGAAUGCAAACAAACUUGUAGGAUCUAAAUCUUCAGAUCUGGGAAUGUCGCAUAAACAACAAGAAGAUGUUUUGAGGUAUUUCAAAGAGGGAAGACAUAAAGUAUUGGUUUCGUCUUCAGUCGGUGAAGAGGGUUUAGACAUAUCAAAAUGCGGUUUGGUUAUUACCUAUGAACACGUUAGUGAAAUGAAAGCGAUGAUACAAAGAAGAGGAAGAGGUAGAGCUGCAAAUUCUAAAUACUUUUUGAUUACAUCAACAACGAACAAUAAUUAUCAAAAGGAAAAAAUUAACAUGAUGAGAGAGAAAUUCCUCAAAAAGUGCAUUGAUCAUUUAGCAACGGAAGAAGGAAAAUACGAAUUUGGGAUAAAAAUCCCUAAAGUUCAAAAUAGAAUGAAUACGGACCGUAAACUAAAACGUUUUCAAUCAAAUGCAAUAAUCACACCAGAUGAAAAAGUAUAUGAAUUUCGAUGUAUUAAAUGCGAGAGUAUCGCCUGUUUAUCAUCCGAUUUGAGGCUUGUAGGAAAUAGUCAUCGAGUUAUAUUAUUAAGAGAUUUCGAAACAAGAUACGUUUUAAAAGAACAUCCUCGUAAGGAAAACACUAGAGGGAAUAUACACAGAAUUGGUAAAAUUCAUUGUAAAGAAUGCGAAGCAAAUUGGGGUGUUCUGAUAAACCACGAAGGCAUUGAAUUACCGGUUUUAAAGGUCGAUCCAUUCGUCAUUAAUGAUAUUUCUACCACCACUGAUACCAGCGAAUCGUUUAUUAAAACUGACGAUGGAGAUUCAAAAAGUUUAAUUCAGAGAAAAGAAGGGAUAAGAAAGUCUACAAGAAUUGCUUCAGGUAAAGUUAAACCAGCUUGGCCUUCAAAUUGUACGACAUGUUCCAGUUGUUCAGAAAAAGAAAAUACUUCCAGUAGCAACUCAGUGAACUGGUCUUCUGUCAAUAUUAAUAAAUGUGCAAGCCAAUCAAGCGAGGAUAGCUUAUUUGCCUUUAAGCCGAAAGAAUCAAAGCCAAAGAAAAAAGGAAGAAAAUCAACAAAUAGGAAACAAACAAAAAAGACUGGUCCCGUGAAAAAUAUUGCCGAAAAACAAAAGCCUGUUUCACCUCCUAAGGAGCCAGUUAUAAACUUUAGUGAAUUCGAUAGCUAUAGCUUAAACAUUGAAUCGUAUGAACCGCCAAAGCCGAACACUAAUACUUCCUGCGAUUAUCGCUGCUCGCCAGCUCCAAUAAAUGCUUCACUUACUCAAGCGCGACGAAUUGAAUUAGAAUCCAUUUCAAGUACGUUAACUUGUAGUACACCAGUUAACGAUCGCACUUUGUUCAAAAGAGAGGAUGAUCAAGAAGAGGUGAAUAUAUCAAUAAUAGAGUAUGACGAAGAGGAAAUUUAUAGAGGAGAAGUUUUUGACGAUCCUGUUAUAAACUUGUCAAAGAAUGCGAAUAACUCACCUAAUGACGAAAAGCCGAAAACUGACAAUAAGCUGAGUUCGUUAGAUAAGGCUGGUACUUCAUCGUCUAAAACUUCAUCUGAAGAUACUUCAAAAUUUCUCAGCUGCUCGCCACACGGAACAGGAAUAUCUUUAGAGUCUUCAAAAUCUGAGAAUAAAAGUGAACUAAAACUGUCUGUAAUGAAAGAAUCUAAUGCUUCCUCUUCCUCCAGUAGUGUGAGUGCUGGCUCUUUAUCACAUUCAGAAAAUCAAAAAAGCCCAAUACCCAAAACGAAUAUCUCUCAAAGUUUGCCUAUUAACGAAUCUAAAGUUCAAAUCACAGAACCGAAUAUUGGAAUAUCUCAUACUAGUAUUGAACAAAGUACAGCCGAAUUAUCCAUUUUUGGAUCUCCUGAACGGGGUGGUUAUAAUAGUUCACAGGAUCUUUUCUCAACACCCCCAGAGGAAAUGCAAAUCGGACGCAGGUCGAACGAUGAGCUAACGGAAAGUGAAUAUAAGAUAAAAGCUUACUAUGAGUCAUUCAAUCAGAAUUAUAUGGCCCAAUUAAAACAACAGAGAUUAACUGAAUGCCUUUCUUCACCUUCACAAAUUGUUGGUAAUAUUUAUGGAAUUCGCGAAAGUGAAAAUUCCAUUCGCAGUAAUUGUAUUACUGAUUCAGAGAUAACUGUAAAUAGUCAAAGCAUUAUAGAUGUGGACAAAAUAGACGAAUCAAAAGCAUCCUCAAUUCCUCUAAAAGAUGUGGAAAGCCUUGAUAAAAACGAAACUAUUUUAUCGGAAGAGUCAGUAACAAAUGAAAGUCAGGAAUUAAAAUCGAAUUUGCACUCUCAUCGCAAGCUAAGCGAACGUUUUCAUAGAUUGACGGUGCAUUGUACACCUCAUAAAACUUCACUGAGUUUAUUUGAAGUUUUCAGCCCCGUUAGAAAUCUCGCUGGAGAGGAAAUUAGCGACAAGGAGAAAUUGCUUUUAUGCUGUGAACAAGAAGACGUUCUAUCUUUUGAUAAAUGCAUGACAAAAAGGAUGUUAAAAGAAUGCGUUAAAUUAGGAGAAGGCGUUUACGGUGAAGUGUUUAUGGCACCAAGAGGAAAGAGUAAAAGCGCUAUUAAAGUUAUACCUGUAUCUGGUACAGAAAUGAUUAAUGGGGAACUGCCCAAAUCAUUUACAGAUAUUUGUGCAGAAAUUGUUAUAUCCAGGGAAUUGUCGAAUUUGGAUAAUAUGAAUGAAUUUUCUUCAACUCCUGGAUUUUGCAAAUUAAAAAAGGCUUCCCUUGUACAAGGACCAUAUCCUGAGCAAUUCUUACAACAAUGGCUCAAUUUUGCCGAUGCUAAUGGAACUGAAAAUGACUGUCCAGAUGAAUUUCCGGAAGAUCAGCAUUACGUUGUACUCGAAUAUGAGGAAAGUGGGAAAACAUUGGAAUCUAAAAUAUUCAAAAAUGCAUGGCAGGUUUACGCAAUCUUCGAGCAAACAGUUCUUUCCUUAGCAGUUGCCGAAGAUAGAUUAGAAUUUGAGCAUCGAGAUUUACAUUGGGGAAACGUUCUUGUAAGGGAGGAGAGGAAGAAGAAUCUACAAUUUCGUCUUAAAAACAAUAAUAUAACAGUUCUUAGUAGAGGAAUUAAAGUUACAAUAAUUGAUUAUACGUUAUCAAGAUUGACUCAAGAUGGGCAAAACGUCUAUUCUGAUAUUUCAACGGACGAAGAGUUAUUUACUGGAGUAGGCGAUCUUCAAUUCGAAAUAUAUAGAAUGAUGAGGGAACAUAACGAAAACGAAUGGGAGUGGUUUCGUCCCAAGACAAACGUUUAUUGGCUCUAUUAUUUAAUUGAGAUGUUUGAUCUAAAGACAAGAAAGGUAUUUCUGAAAAGAUGUAAAGCAGAUAACAUAAGAAUGGAACAUCUUUACGUUGGAUCAACAGUAAACAUGCUAUCAAGACAGUUAAACAUAGUUGACAUAGGUGACGGAUAUACAAGAAAUAAAAUCGCCUCCAAAAAUGAAAGAACUUUAGCUAUGAUAAAACCUGACGCUGUUUCAAAUGUUGGCGCCAUUAUGGAUCUGAUACAACAGAAUGGCUUUCUAAUCUGCAAUUUGAAAAUGUUGAAUUUGACAAAGGAUGAAGCGGCAACUUUCUACACUGAGCAUCGUUCAAAACCUUUCUUCAACACUUUAAUUAACUACAUGUCUAAUGGGAAAAUAAUCGUAAUGGAACUUAUGGCUUCUGAUGCUGUCGCUAGAUGGCGCCAACUGAUGGGACCAACCGAUAGCGCCGAAGCUCGGUCCAUGGCUGCUACUUCCAUAAGAGCAAGAUUUGGUAGAGAUCAAACUAUGAACGCCUGCCAUGGAUCUGAUAGCGUAGAAUCUGCUGCAAGGGAAUUGGAAUUUUUCUUUCCAGCUUCUGGAAGAGAUAGUUUCCGAAGCACAGCAACCUUUUGCGACGCAACUUGUUGUAUAAUUAAGCCUCAUGCUGUAGUCGAAGGCCAAAGUGGAGCAAUUAUUGAAAAGAUUCAGAGUGCAGGAUUCGAAAUAUCUGCAAUGCAAAUAUUUCAUAUAGAGAAAGCGAACGCCGAAGAAUUUUUGGAGGUCUACAAAGGUGUUGUUUCAGAGUACGCUGCAAUGGUUGGCGAAUUCUGUUCAGGACCCUGUAUCGUUUUGGAAGUAAGAGCUCAAAACGCCCAACAAACCUUUAGAGAGUUUACAGGACCAGCCGAUCCAGAGAUUGCAAGGCAUCUCAGACCAAGAACCCUUAGAGCAACCUUUGGAAAAGAUAAAAUUCAAAAUGCCGUCCACUGUACUGACCUAGCUGAUGACGCUCUGCUAGAGUUGGAAUAUUUCUACAAGAUAUUAAUGAAGUAA